AGCUGUUGUAGCGGAGUAUUGCCGGAGUUUAAAUUAAUGUCAACCUGCUUGCUUACCGGGAGAACGAACCCGGCGCUGAUAGUGAAAGUACGAUUGAACAGAAGCAGCGUGAGAGGCAGCACACCGGGGAAAGUGACUGACAUGACUCGGCGGCCCAGGAACAGUGUUUACAGCAGUGAGGAGGAUGAGGAAGAGGCUGAGCUGUACGAACACGAUUAUGACGGCAUGAUGGCAAAGCCUGGUAAACGCCACCUUGGUAAAACGCGCUGGACAAGGGAAGAGGAUGAGAAGUUGAAGAAACUUGUCGAACUUCACGGAUCAGAAGACUGGAAAGUAAUUGCCAAUUUACUAUCCAACCGUACAGAUGUGCACUGUCAGCACAGAUGGCAAAAGGUCCUCAACCCAGAGUUAAUCAAAGGACCCUGGACCAAAGAAGAAGACCAGCGGGUAAUAGAGCUGGUUCAGAAGUAUGGUGCCAAGCGCUGGUCGGUCAUCGCCAAGCACCUGAAAGGGCGCAUCGGCAAGCAGUGCCGUGAGCGGUGGCAUAACCACCUUAACCCGGAGGUGAAGAAGACCUCGUGGACCGAGGAGGAGGACCACAUAAUCUACCAGGCGCACGAGAAGCUGGGCAACCGCUGGGCUGAGAUCGCGAAGCUGCUCCCCGGCAGGACCGACAACGCAAUUAAAAACCAUUGGAACUCCACUAUGAGGCGCAAGGUGGAGCAGGAGGGCUACCUGCAGAGCGCGGCAAAGGGCACCAGCUCGCCGCUCUCUGUCGGCCAUGGCUACACUAAGCCCAGCGGCCAUCUCAUGACGUUCCCACACCACUCGUCCCGUCACACGCAGCUUGCUCCCGAUUCACCGCUCAGCUACCAGUACAUAUCGGACGCGCAAAGAGUGUCCUUCCCUUUGGCUUUGCACUUUCUCAGCAUCCCCCAGCAUGGAACCACCGCUACACAGAGACACUAUGGUGAGGAGGACCCUGAGAAAGAGAAGAGGGUGAAAGAAAUCGAAAUGCUGCUCAUGUCUACAGAGAACGAGCUGAGAGGACAGCCACCACUACCAAUCAACUUGCCUUAUCCAAGCUGGGCCAGCCACAGCCUGUUGACCCACACAGUAGAGGGUGUGGCGAUGUCAUUACCUCAUCACCGGGCCGCCGCCCCGACCCUACCUUUAGAUCAGAGCUGCCUGCCCGAAGAAAGCGCCUCGGCUUCGCGGGUUCACGACAGCAGCAGCGAUGACAACAGCGCAUCGUUCUCCAGUGCAAUGCCUGAGUUCAUGGAGUCUGUCCUUGACUCGAGCCUCGCCUCAGUGGCUGAGGCCAGUACCGGCAACUUCUUGGAAAAAAGCGCUCUCAGAACAGACUUGUUUGUCCGCUCAACUCCCAAGUCUUCGCCUGUCAGAAAGCUUCCUUUUUCGCCCUCGCAGUUUCUUAUCCAGUCAAUGAGCCCGGAACACUCGGACAGCAAGCAACUCCCACUGAGCUCACCUGUGGACAGCGAGCCUCUCAUGGACGACGCCGCCAGACCUCAGAAGGAGAAUGCCAUGUUCAGAACACCUAACAUCCGCCGUUCCAUCCUUGAGUCGUCCCCUCGCACGCCCACACCUUUCAGGUCCACUGUGGACCUGCAGGAAGACCACGGACCACUUAAAAUGCUGAAUGCUCCUUUGGACCAGCUGCCAGUAAACUCCAUCAAGCAGGAGCAUUCGAUGGAGUGCGCUCUCGAGCAGCCGCCUCUGAAGAAGAUCAAACAAGAGGUGGAGUCCCCAUGUGAGAGGAGUCCUUACAUGCAGUGGGAAGGACAAGACCUUCACACGCAGCUCUUCUCGCCAAACGGCCCUGCACAGGAAGUACCAGACUUAAUCACAGUUCCAUCACUCAGUGAAGAUGCACACAAUAUCUACCACCUCCCUCACAGAGCCACCAACAACCAACCACUGCUCAGCCCCUGGGUCAAAAUGGAGCCGCAUGUCCUGGCAGUCGAGCAGAGCCACAAGUACAUCAAGGCCUUCCCGACGAGGACGCUGGUCGUGUAAACGUCACAUAAGACUGGUGGUCAUUUUUGCUGUGAUACAAGUUGGGAGAGGCUCCACGUCCCACGGGUCAGCCAACCAAAGACUAUAUAUUUUUUUAUUUAUAGUUAAUUGCUUUGGGUUUUUCAUGUUUGGUCUUGUCGUCAAUGUAAAUGUAAAUGGGGGAACAUGAGUUAUGUCAUUCGCAUCGGGCUGUUUUGUUAAUUCUGAAUAUCUGAUAUUAAUAUAAAGAACAAGUUGAUUAAUUUAUUUGCUGUUUAUAAAUGUUUUUGUUUGCGACAAUUGGCCAAUGCAGCAGUGUUGGAAGAUUCUAAGUAUUUAAGCCCUCUUAGCAUUAUCCAGUGGCAUCUUUAAUGCAUUGAAAACUGACCUGUUUGCUUGAUUCAAUGAUAUUGUUUUGUUUUGUUUUAAAGGCUGUAACGGGUCUACCAAAAAUUUCAAGUGUUUGGUGCGUGUGCCAAUGUAAGACACUUAAAACUACUGAACAAGCUGCAUUAUCAGUCAGGUUUUACGCAGCAGAAAGGGACAACCUUACUAGUAUUACCGUAACCGUUUACCACAUUGUCACCUUUAAUUUCCUGAAAAAAACAUUCCAUGAACAAACAUUUUAAAUGGAAACAAUUUAUAUGUAUCUACAGUAUAUCUACAUGUUUGUGUGUUUACCAAAUGAGGUUGUUUGUGCAAAACCACAAGCUUCAUCAAAAUGCACUUGAAUUUUCUCCAUUUUAAAAAGAGAGAGAAUACUAAACACUGAUAUUUUAUAAAACAGUAGCGACUGUGCAUGGUAUGUUGCUGUUGUAUUUGAACAUUUCUUUGAAUAGUUUUGUGUAAUGCGUAUUCAAUCAGCACUUUCCUUUUUCUUUUUACGCGACUGCUGUAGCCCAUUUCAAACACUUAGGCGGUCAAUAUUUCUUUUUAAAAGAAAAAGGAAAAUGCAAGUUUAUACUUUAUUUGUAGUGUGUGUGUGCUAAAGAAAUUUUUUAAGAAGCAUUUAUCAGCCAAGUUUUUCACGUUUUUAUACUUUUCUAUACUGCCU